AUGGGGGUGAUCGACAGUUGUUUAUUAAGAAAUGAUGUAAAUUUGUUGCUGCUAAACAGACGAGACACGUUGAAUUAUAAAGUCCAUCCAGAUGAUGGUGAUAAAUUGAAUCAUUGUUUUGAAUUUCGUAUUGAGCUAAUAUGUGAUUGUAAUUUACCAUUUGAUGACACUGUAUCAGCGUGUAUUUAUUGCGAUAAGCAAAUACAUGAUUCUUGUAUUCACAAUCAUCAAAAAUUUAGCUGCGAUGGGGUGAAACAGUGGGAAACUGUAAAUGAGUUAACAACACCAGCAAUAAAUAAUAUUGAUAAUCGGAUUUUGCUUGAAUUUGCGGAGAAUUUAAAUGAUUCAGGUAAUGUAUUCGAGGAUAUUCAGUAUAUUGAUUCACCAGAAAAAGCUCAAGAUGAUGGAGAGGACAAUGGAUAUGACGAUGUCAGUGUUUGUCAAGGUGAAAUUGACACAGAGAAAUAUAUUGAACUGAUUGAACCUAUAUAUAAUCCACCUUCUGAUAAUUCUAUUAAAUAUAUUGAAGAAAAACUCAAAUUAAUUCAGAAAGCAUCAAACUUAAUUAACAUUCAUUGUCUAUUUAGCGAUUUACAAAAUAUUCGUUCUACAAUAUUACAACCAUUAUCAACUGGUUUGCAUAAACUGAUAAUCAUCAUCUUAUUUGAUGGCCAACAUUGGUUAACUAUUGUGAAUUAUAAAUCAGCUCGCCAUUUUACAGUAUUUGAUCGACAUUUCACUGGUUUUAGCCGACGAUUAAUAUGCAUGUUAUCUAGAGCGGUUAAUUUUACCUGUUAUACACAUUAUCGUGUAGAAUUACUACCAGUCAAACAAUGUCCAAUUGACGAAAAAACAGAUAUUUAUUUUGCUUUCCCCUAUGCAGUACUGGCACUAAAAUUAUAUGCUGAUAAAAAUAAAAAUAAAACUGAUGUUGCAAAUAUUGAGUUUAAUAUUCAACAAUUGACAGAUUAUUUUGAUAAUUCUUUCAAUAAAUUAAUAAUUGGUCGGUUGCCGUUUGAUAUAGUUUCUCAUACAGCCAAUGUUCCUUUAUGUAAACGUAUUUUUUAUACUAUUUAUCUUCGAUGUUUAUGCAAACGGCCAAUUAUACUUGAUAAUCCUCCUUAUUAUGUAUGUAAAAUUGAUAAUUGUAAUGUACGAGUGCAUUAUGACUGUAAAGAGCGUCAUGAUGGAACAUAUCAUUGUAAAAGAAUAUGGGAGUCGAAAACGUCAUCAGAACCGAUGGAUUAUGAGAAAUCAAACAGUCUUAUUAAAGAAGAUCAAAAUCAAUCGAUUAAUUCUGCUAAAUCUAUGAACAACCAUAAUAACAAUAAUCAAACAAUUAUGUUGAAAAAUAAAACUGUUAUUGAUCCAAAUAUUUCCACUUCAUCUGCUACAGCCUCUGUCACAACUAACGUUACACCAACACCUAAUUCGAGUACUCACACUUGUAUGCAUUUAAAUAAUGAAGAUUCACAUGAAUUGAGUAGUGAUCAACUUGAAACAAUACGUGUGCUGCUUGACCGGUCCGAUCAUUCACGUAUAGUUAAAUUUGAAAUUAAACUGGAACACCAAUUCAUAACGUUGGAGGAACAUCUGGAAUUAAUAUUAUUAGAAAAAACGAAAAAAAUUAGUGAUAAAGAAGCUGCAAAAGAAAAUCUGUCUUCACCUCGACGACAUCUAGAUUGGACUUAUAUAAUGAACCGUUUUUAUAUGAUCAAAGCAAACGGGUAUUGUGUAUUUGCAUACAAAGGACAUACAUGGAAUAAGGAAAAGUCAUCCAACAAACAAAACUUAAAUGAUGUUAUUUUUUCUGCUCGAGGUUAUGUACAUUCACCGACUGUCCAUGUACAUUUAAAAUUACUCUAUCACGUGACCGUACAUUAAAAUAAAAUUUUAGUGGUAAUUGUACACACAGUACAUUAGAAAUUCGAGCUCGUUAUAUAAGAAAAAUUCAAAGAAAAAAUCUUCAGCCAUAAUUCAAAAACUUAGUAGCGAAGCCAAUGUAGUGUUAUGUGAUGAUCCAAAUGAAAAAGAAAGUCUACAAAAAAUGUCUAGAGAAUAAAAAUUAAGGCCUUUGAGUAGUCACCCAUAUGCUGGUAAAUCAGUCUGAGAUUGUUGUAUGUCGUAGCCACAGAUGGAUGGUUCGGUCCCAGUGUUUUCAACUGAAGUUCCAGUGUCUUUUCAGAAUAACUCAAGGCCUUCGAGUAGUCAACCAUCUGAUAGUAAUCAUUUCCAAGAUUGUUGUAUGUCGUAGCCAUGGAUGGAUGGUUCGGUCCCAGUGUUUUCAACUGAAGUUCCAGUGUCUUUUCAGAAUAACUCAAGGCCUUCGAGUAGUCACCCAUCUGAUAGUAAUCAUUUCCAAGAUUGUUGUAUGUCGUAGCCAUGGAUGGAUGGUUCGGUCCCAGUGUUUUCAACUGAAGUUCCAGUGUCUUUUCAGAAUAACUCAAGGCCUUCGAGUAGUCACCCAUCUGAUAGUAAUCAUUUCCAAGAUUGUUGUAUGUCGUAGCCAUGGAUGGAUGGUUCGGUCCCAGUGUUUUCAACUGAAGUUCCAGUGUCUUUUCAGAAUAACUCAAGGCCUUCGAGUAGUCACC